AUGUCACAUGACGUAUCAAAAUUAUUAAAACCACUUGAAGAACGUCAUUUAAAGCAAUUUAGUUUAACAUGGGAAUUUUUUAAUAAAAAAUUAUAUCAAAAUUAUAUUUAUUUUUAUGAGCCAACAAUUAGAAAUAUAUUACCAUCAGUUGUUUGUCAAUUAAGAAAACCACGUAAAGGUAAAGGUUAUCAAAUACUUCUUGAACGUUAUCUUGGUUUCGUUGAUGAAAUGAUGAGAAUUGCGGGUUUAUGGCCAGAAAAAGAAGUGCUAAUUGAUCAAUAUAGUGCUGAAAAAGUAGCUCAAAUAAUGAAAUCAGAUGUUAUUCAUACAAUUAAUUGGAAAUUAAAUACAACUGAUGAAAUAAUAUUAAUGGAUUUUAAAAAAAAAUCUCAUAUACCUGGUUUUGGUAUUACAAAAAAAAAUGUUAAUGAAUGUUUUAAAAAACCAAAGCUACAAUUUAAAAUUGCUAAAAAAAGUUUAAAUAUACAAAAUAUACGUUCUAUGUUGGAUGUGUGGGUUAAAAGAAUGUAUCAAAUAAUGGCAUGUGGUACAUUUGGUAUUGAUGGUCUUGAUUUACAAUCACAUUUGGAUUUAGAUUAUUCACAAAGUACUGAUGAAAUUAUUGAAAAACUUAAAAAUAGUUUAUCAUGUUUUUAUUUUAGUUAUCAAGUUGCAUCAUGGCUUGUAUUAAGUCGUCCAACUGAUAAUACAAAUGAUUCAGAUAUACAAUGUUCAAAGUGUACCGAAUUAUCAUGGGUAUCCCAUUUAGUUGUUGGUGGUAGAAAUGAUUUUGGUGAAUGUUCACAUCCAAUAUUAUCACAAAAAUCAAAUUCUACAACAACAACAACAGUAUCAACAUCAACAUCAUCAUCACCAAUUAUUGAUGAAUGUAGAAAAUUAAUUGAAGAAACAAAUAAAAAAGAUUGUCAAUGUAUACAAUUUCAUUUAGGUGAAUGGCAAGGUACAACAUAUCGUGGUUUAUUACCAUUUCCACCAUGUUUAUGUACACUUGAUGUACGAUAUUUACCAGCAUCUGUAUGUCCAUGUUUACGUGAAAAACGUGAUUUUAUGACACGUAAAAAAUCAAAAGUUGAAUCAUUAACAGAUACUAAAAAAAAUUUAUGUUCUGUUGGAAUUAAUAAAAAUGAUAAAAUUAAAAAUAUAAAAAAUAAUAUUAAUAAUAAAAAAAAUACAAAUACAAUAUCAUCAUCUUCAUCGGCUUCAUCAUCAGUAUCAUCUUCAUCUUCAUCAUCUCCAUCACCACAAGUACAGAUGAAAAAUUCAACAACACAAACACCAAAUAUAACGAUUGAUAAUCAAAGCAAUCCAAAUAUUAUUUGUCAUGGAGGCAAAUGUAUAUCACAUGGUAAUAAUAAUACAACAAUAAUAAAUGAUAAUAAACAUAUGAAUAAUCAUCGUUUAUAUAAUCAUUCAUGUCAUAAAUCAACAAGUAUUGAAUUAUCAAUUAAAAAAAUUUCAACAAAUGAUUUAUCACAUAAUGAUAAUAAUAAUAACUCUGGUGAACUAUCUGAUUCUGGUAGUUCACAUGAUGAUUCAUGCUCAACAAGUAGCUCAACAGCACGUGAUAAUUCAAAGCAUUGUGAUUGUUGUUAUUGUGAAGUAUUUGGACAUGGUGUACAGCCAGCUGCACAAGUUAGUCGUAAUUAUCAUGAAAUGAGAGAAAGAUUACGUCAAUUAUUAACUAAAAAGAAAGCUAAAUGUAAAUCAGCAACAAAAGAUAAUUCAUCAUCAUUAUCAAUGAAUUUAGACACACAAUUAUUAAAUAAAAUACAACAACAAAACUUUACUGCAACAGAUUCACAUGGUAGACCAAUUGCACCAAUUUUAAAAUUAACAAAUAAUGGUAAUUCGAAAUACAAUCAAAAUGAUAAAAGGGAUUUAGAUUCACUUGUUAAAUUUAUUGAAGGUCCAAAUAAUAAUGAUAAACAUAUUAAAGAUAUUAAAAAUGGAAAAAAAAAAAAAGCAAGACAAAAACAAAAAAAAGCUGAUGAGUUAUUAAAAAAAGAACAAGAUGAAUUAGAAAAACAAAAAUUAAUUGAAAUGCAAAAAAAAACACCAGAAGUUACAAUAACUGUUGUUGAUUCAUGUAAAUCAUUAUCACAAAAAAAUAUAAAUAAUAAAAAUUUACCAAAAGUAUCAAUAAUACCAACAGUACCAGUUGAAACAUCAUCAACAAAAUCUACAGCUGUUAGUAACAAUAAAGAAACAACAAAAAAUAAACAAAAUGAAUUAAAAAAUAAUAAAAAUACAACAGAUAAUAAGGUCAAUGGUAAUUCUAAAAAAUUAAAAAAAAAAGGUACUAUUGAUAAUAAGAUAAUUGAAGAAGUUAAAGAUAAAAAAAAAAGUAAGAAGAUGAUAAAACAAGAAAUAGAAAAAUUGUCACCGACAAUAGUUGAGCCACCAUCACAACAAGAACCAGAGAAAUCAUUGCCUGAAGUACCAUUAACUAAAAAAGAAAGACAAAAAUUAAAACGUCAAUUGAAAAAAAAUGAUGAAAAAGAAAAUAUUAAAGAUGAUAAUAUAAAACAACAAGAACAACAGCAACCACAACCACAACCACAAAUAGUUACAAUUAAAAGAGUUAUGGAAUCAAAUCUUGCCGAGCCAACAGUUACAAUAACACUCAAGGGACAAACACCAGCACAAGAUAAAGUAUUAUUUACAUUAAUUAAUGGACAAACAAAAGAACCAUCUAAAAAUAAUGAACAGCAAACAACUGGUAAAAAGAAAAAGAAAAAUAAAAUUGAUAAUACAGAUAAUACAAAACAACAAGAUGAUACUAAAAAAAUAUCAAUGACAAAAAAUCAAAAUUUAUUACAAUUAUCAAAACAAAAAAAAAUUAAUGAUACAAAAUUGCCAGUUGAUAAUUCAUCAUUGAAUAAUAAUAAUAAUAAUAAUAAUAAUAAUAAUAAUAGUGUAAACAAAACAAAUGAUGGUAAAUCAAAGAUUAACAUUGAAAGUUUAAAAUUACCACCAGGUAUAACAAUUACAAAAGUUGAUACACCAGCAAAGCCAUUACCAAUUAAAUCACAAUCAAUUAAAAAUCAACAAGCACCACAAAAACAAACAACAAUAAUUGCUGCACCAAUGUCUGGUGUACAAUCAAAUUAUUCUGGUUCACAAUCUGGUGGUAAUGUUAUUGUCGUUGAUACUGGAAAAUUAAAACAAGAUUUGAUACCUAAAAAUAUUGAUAAAGGAAAUACAAAAGAUAAUAAUCAGCAAGCAAGUAAAAAGAAGAAGAAAAAAAAGAAUAGCCCAAAUCAGUUGCCACAAAAAACUACAGAUAAUUUUGAAAAUGAUGAUAAUGCUAAAAUACUUCAUAAUCCAACAACAAAUAUGGUUACAAUACGCAAUCCAGCAUUUGGACCUGCACCUCCUAAAAUGGAACCAACACAACAGGCAGCAAUAAUAAAAGUUGCUGAAAAUGGUAUGGUUACAAUACGAAGUCCAGCUUUACAACAAGCAAUGAAUGCUGGUUUAUCACCAUCACCAAAACCAGAUUUUAUUGUAAAAGGUGAUAUAUCAACUUCAACAACAUCACAAACAUCAAUAAAUACAAUAAAUAAUAUUAGCAAUACAAAUGGCAUGAUAACAUCAAGUCUUGCUGAAUUACGUAGUCGUUUAACACCAGAUUGUACUGGUAUAACUGGACUUGCAAAUAUACAAAUAAGUAAAUUAGCAAAUGGUCAAGCAAUACCUGAAAAUGGUAUUAAUUUGAAAGGUACAAGUGUUACAUUAACUAAAGUUAAAAAUCCAGAUAGUUGUUUUAAAAAUGAUGAUGUUUCAACAACUGCUAUUUCAACAAUACCAACAGCAACAAGUGGAAAAGGAAAAAAAAAGAAAAAACGUGGAAAUGGUACGAGUAGUGGUGAUGAUUGGAAUCUUGUUGAGAGCGUAUUCACGCCAAAAGAUAUAGACCUCGAGGAUGGUGAAAUGGAUGAUGCUGAACGUGAAUUAGAAGCCUUCAAACGUUUUUGUCUUCAAUCAGUACCACCACCACGAAAAAAAAAAGUCAAUUUAAACAUCAAGGACAUUGUACUAAAGAAAAAAUCAUCUUCUUCUUCAUCUUCAUCAACAACUUCUACUACUGCUGUUAUUGCAGCAAAUUAAAAUUAUUUUUUUAUUAUUAUUAAUAAUUAUUAUCGUUAUUAUUUUACUUUUAUUUUUUCGUAAAAUUACAUUGCGUUAAAAAAAACAAACAACAACAACAACUUACUAAAUGAUUGAGUAAGAAAAAAAAUAUAUAAAUAUAUUUUUUUCAAUUCUUUUAAAUAUUUGUCUAAAAUUGCUGUAAAUUUUAAAUAAAUAAUGAAGAACCGUGAAUAAUAAAAGUAUAAUAUAGAAAGAAAAAAAAAUGUAAAAAUGAAAUAUUUUUAAUAUUUCAUAUGUGUUUUUCGAGAGAGAUGAAGACAAGCUCAUUGUGCUCACCGUGAUUUGUUGAUCAUGAUACAUUUUGUACGACGAGCUUUAGCUUUUUAUUAAUAAUUAUUAAAAUAUAAAAAAACAAUUUGUAUGUAUGUAUGUAUCUAUAGAUUAAUAAGAAGUUUAUUUGGCUUUUUUUUUAAUUAAAAAAAAAAAAGUAUUGAAUGUUUUUUUGUGAAAAAUACGAAAAAGAUUUUCAUCAAUUAGAAUUAAACAAUCAAUACAAAUAAAUGAUAAAAGGGCUUAUUGUUGUUGUCAGAUAAUAUCUGUGAAUAAUUUUGCAAUUUUUUUUU